ACACUAUAUUUACUAUGAAUUACUAGAGUAUUUAUCAUGAGGGUCAUUUUCCCGCCUCUCUCUCCAGUCCAGCGUGUGGCGCUAAAACACACGUGUGUUUGUCAAACACCAUUAGACCUCAGAAGAAGAAGAUUCGUUUCACGCGCUCUCUGUUGUUUUGUUGUGGUGCUGUUUUAAUACAAACGGAUAGAAAUAGUUUCAAUAAACAGAAAAAUACAGUUUUUGAAUCAGAUCAGUAAAUCUCUGAGAUAUUCUCAUCAUCACAGUCGUGACCAGGUUUUGAAGCCAGGAGAAAUAUAUAGAGAGGAGUAUCAGCUGAAGAUGGAGUUUGUUAAAGAGGAGAUUGAGGAGAACACGAGUGAAAUAAAAGAAGAGGAACCAGAAACCUGGAGAAUAAAAGAAGAGGAACCAGAAACCUGGAAAAUAAAAGAAGAGGAACCAGAAACCUGGAAAAUAAAAGAAGAGGAACCAGAAACCUGGAAAAUAAAAGAAGAGGAGCCAGAAACCUGGAAAAUAAAUCACGAACCAGAAACCUGCACAAUAAAAGAAGAGGAAAGAGGAGAGUUGAUUGAAGAUAAUGGGAAAGAAGAUUUGAGUGAAUCUGAGGAGGAAAAUCAUGCCAAAAGUGGAGAAAAACCCAUUCAGAAAGAUUUAAAGAAAAGAGCCAAGGAAUCUUUCACCUGCACUCAGUGUGGAAAGAGUUUCGCAUUCAAAUGUUUUCUCGAGCGACACAUGAGAGUUCACACUGGAGAGAAACCGUUCACUUGUGAUCAGUGCGGGAAGAGUUUCACACACUUACCUUACCUUAAGAAACACAUGAACAUCCACACUGAAAAGAAAAUAUUUCUAUGUGAUCAGUGCGGAAAAACAUUUUUGUGGGCUACAGUCCUGAAGAAACACCUGAGAGCUCAUAAAAAGGAGAAGCCAUAUUUGUGUCAUAUGUGUGGAAAGAGUUUUUCACAACUACAAAAUAUGAAAAAACAUCAGAAAAUACACACUGUUGUGAGAGAGCACUUCAAGUGUUCACACUGUGACAAGAGAUUCAGUCAGUCGUCACAUCUGAAAGCACACGAGAGUAUCCACACUACAGAGGAACCGAACACUUGUUUUGAGUGCGGGAUGAGUUUCACACAAUCAGCCAAACUUAAGCUACACAUGAACAUUCACAAGCGGCACACCUGUGUUCAGUGUGGCAAAACAUUUCCGUGGGCUUCAGAUCUGAAGAAACACAUGGAAGUUCAUACAAAUGAGAAGCCACAUUCAUGUAAUCUGUGUGGAAAGAGUUUUACAUUACUACAAAGUUUGAACAAACAUCAGAAAAUACAUACUGGUGUGAAAAAAAAGAAUAAAUGUGCUUUGAGUGUGAAAACACUUUUACUUCAGCUUAGGGCUACACGAUAAUGGUUAAACUGAUAAUCACAAUUAGUUUGAUAACUAUAAUCACGUUUGUUAACAAUUAUUCUAUUAAAAGGGUAGAUGCAACGCGAUAACAUUUAAUGUGUCCUUAAACCAAGCUCUACUGAAUACAUGACUUCAUAUAGCAAACUAUGAUAAUGUGAAAGUCAUGGUUUUGUAAUCUGUAUUAACAUUAGAUGAUUUUUUUUUUCUUUAAGAGAACAGAACAAGUAACAA